AUGGACCAGUCCUUGUUGAGUAGAGCCUCUCCCUCGCGCUGCUGCUCUCUGAAUGUGGUGAAGUCUUGGCUGCCCAUCUUGUCCUGGCUUCCACAGUACAACCUGAAAUGGCUGCAGAUGGAUGUGCUGGCAGGUCUCACUGUGGGACUCACCACCAUCCCCCAGGCUCUGGCCUAUGCUGACGUGGCUGGACUCCCUGUGCAGUUUGGUCUGUACUCAGCGUUCAUGGGGGGCUUCAUCUACACAUUACUGGGGACUUCUAAAGACGUGACACUGGGUCCGACUGCGAUCAUGUCCCUCCUGUGUUUCUCUGUGGUGGGAGGAGAGCCCCACAGAGCCGUCCUGCUCAGUUUGCUGUGCGGACUCAUCCAGACCACCAUGGCCUUGCUCAGAUUAGGCUUUCUCUUAGAUUUUAUUUCCUAUCCGGUCAUAAAAGGAUUCACAUGUGCAGCAGCCAUUACAAUUGGCUUUAGCCAGGUCAAGAAUAUUUUGGGACUUCGUGGCGUGCCUUCGCAGUUUGUCCUGGAAGUUUACUACACGUUUGCCAAACUUCCAGAGGCCAGAGUGGGUGACGUGGUCCUGGGUCUGCUGUGCCUCACUGUGCUUCUCACUCUCACGUUUAUGAAGAGGACUCUACCAGAGGACGAGGCUCCGGCCAUCACCACAGCAGCCAGAAAACUAAUCUGGACUGUGUCUACCAUGCGUAAUGCGCUGGUGGUUUUAGGUGCCUCAUUUGUAGCGUUUUCCUGGGAGGCCUACGGUUACGACGUGUUUACAAUCACUGGAAAAACUGCUCAGGGACUGCCCCCCUUCAGACCCCCACCUACAUCGGACACCACAGCCAAUGGCACCAAUGUCACUUUUGGAGAAAUAGUAACGGACUUUGGAGGAGGUCUCGCUGUCAUUCCGUUCAUGGGUUUGCUGGAGAGCAUUGCUAUUGCAAAAGCAUUUGGCAGUCAAAAUAGAUACAGAAUAGUAGCAAACCAGGAACUUUUGGCCAUCGGUCUGACCAACGUUAUGGGGUCUUUUGUGUCAGCCUACCCAGUCACCGGGAGCUUUGGCAGGACAGCAGUGAACUCUCAGACUGGAGUGUGCACACCAGCAGGAGGCCUCAUCACCAGUGCAAUAGUGCUGCUCUCUCUUGCGUUCCUCAUGCCUGCUUUCUUCUACAUCCCAAAAGCCUGUCUGGCAGCUGUGAUCAUCUGUGCUGUGGCUCCAAUGGCUGACUACAAAAUUGUUAAGAAGAUGUGGAAAAUAUACAAGCUGGACCUUCUGCCUUUUGGAGUCACUUUUUUCGUAAGCUUCUGGGAGGUGCAGUAUGGGAUCAUCGCUGGUAUUGCUGUGUCUGGAGCCUUAUUAUUGUACAACACAGCAAGGCCUCAAAUCAAGAUUAUCGAUUAUAACACUUUGGUUUUGGAGCUGAGGAGUGGGCUGAGUUUUCCUGCGUCUGAGUAUCUGAGCCACUUUAUAUACACUAAAGCCCUCCAAGUGUCUCCGCUGCGCUCCGUGGUUCUGGACUGUCUUCACAUCAGUGCGAUCGACUACACGGUGGUGAAUGAGCUCCGAGAUCUACUCCGACAGUUCGAUGUACGGAACGUGCGCCUGGUCUUUGCCAGAUUAGAGCCCUCUGUUCUGAAGGUGUUACUUGCAGCGGAUCUGCAAGACCUUCGAUGCAGAGACACUGUGGAGGAGGCAAUUCUUGAAGCUGAAAACCUGCACUCAAACUGA